GUUCAUAACCUAUAUUUUGUUAAUAAAUAAAAAGAUGAUCAAAUUUUAUAAUUAUAUCAUAUUAUUAUUAUAAUACUCGGUUAUUGAAUUGAAUGAAUUUUAAUAACCAUGGCUCUUAGUCGAAUGAUCAGAAUAUCAAAUUUAUGUUUUAAAGAAAACAUUCUGGUUCAAAAGUAUUCUUCCAAAAUUAAAAAUGUAAGAAACUUUAGAAAAGAUAGAAAUAUCAAUGAAGUACCAAAAGUAAAUUCAGACAGUUUAGCAACUCCAUUUUCGAAAACUCAUAUCGAUCCCGGAAAGCUACGUGUCGGCAAUUUGGUUAAACCUUUUUUAUUUACUGUAGGAUUUUCAGGAGCAUGUUUUUUGGGGGCAUCGAUUUGGGAAUAUGAGAAUAUGAGAGGACAUGCUAAACGAAUGCUGAAAAAGCCUAUGAAAUUUUUUAAAAGACAGGUAGACAGUGGCUAUACCUCAACGAAUGCCAUAUUAAAAGAACUUAAAAUAUGGUGGUCAGGUCUUACAGAAGGUGAACGUGUCUUUGCACCAAUAUGUGCUUUAAAUAUAUUAGUUUUUUUUGCAUGGAGAGUUCCUAGAUUCCAGCCAACAAUGUUAAGAUAUUUCUGUUCAAAUCCAGCCAGCCAAAAUAUCUGUAUUCCUAUGGUUUUAUCAACUUUUAGUCAUUAUUCUGGAUUACAUCUUCUGGCUAAUAUGUAUGUUCUUCAUAGCUUUAGUACAGGAGCCGUACAUAGCUUGGGAAAAGAGCAAUUUCUAGGGUUGUAUAUGGCAGCAGGAGUAGUAUCUAGUUUCACUAGUUACAUGUAUAAAAUCAUUACAAAACAACCAGGUCUUUCAUUAGGAGCAUCUGGAGCAAUAAUGGCAAUUUUAGGAUAUGUCUGUACCCAAUAUCCAGAUACCCGGUUAGGAAUCAUUUUUUUACCAGUAUUCACUUUUUCUGCUGGUGCUGCAAUUAAGUUUAUUGUUGGGCUUGAUACAGCUGGUGUUCUAUUGGGGUGGAAAUUUUUUGACCAUGCAGCACAUUUAGGAGGAGCCGCUUGUGGAAUAUUUUGGGCUUUAUGGGGUAACCAAUAUAUUUGGCAGAAUCGUGGACCUGUACUUCAAUACUGGCAUCAUCUCAGGGGAUCAAUUAAAUAAUAUUUAUUUUUUUAGUAAUUAUUUAAUAUGUACAAAUAUUUAAAUAUACUUGAAUAAUUCUUUUA